AUGUCCAAGCGCCGACUGGCCGAAGAGGCCGCAGACGAGCGCCACAUCAUGCGCGUCAUGCCGCUGGGCGCCGGGAACGAGGUGGGCCGCUCGUGCAUCGUGCUCAAGUUCAAGGGGAAGACCAUCAUGCUCGACUGCGGCGUCCAUCCGGGCUACUCGGGCCACGGGAGUCUGCCGUUCUUUGACGGCGUGGAGGCCGAAGAGAUUGACUUGUUGCUGAUUACGCACUUUCACAUUGACCACGUGGCGGCGUUGCCGCACUUUACCGAGAAAACGAACUUUAAGGGGCGCGUGUUCAUGACGCACCCGACGAAAGCUGUGAUGCAGAUGAUGUUGCGGGAUUUCCUCCGCGUGUCGAACAUUUCCGUGGACGACCAGAUUUACGACGAUAAGGACUUGAACAAUUGUGUUGCCAAGGUCGAGAUUAUUGACUUUCACCAAGAGAUGAUGCACAAUGGGAUUAAAUUCACGCCGUAUAAUGCCGGCCACGUGUUGGGUGCCUGCAUGUACCUUGUGGAAAUCGGCGGUGUGAAGGUGCUUUACACGGGCGACUACUCGCUUGAGAACGAUCGCCAUCUCAUGGCGGCUGAACUGCCCGCGUGCUCGCCCGACGUGCUGAUUGUUGAGUCGACCUAUGGUGUGCAAGUGCAUCAGUCAGUUGUUGAACGGGAGGGACGGUUCACGGGACAAGUAGAGGCAGUCGUACGUCGUGGCGGACGCUGUUUGAUCCCAGUCUUUGCUCUUGGCCGCACACAGGAACUGCUUCUGAUUCUUGACGAGCACUGGCGGUUGCAUCCAGAUCUGCAGGACAUUCCCAUCUACUUUGCAUCCAAGCUGGCUGCCAAGGCUCUGCGCGUGUACCAGACGUACAUCAAUAUGAUGAACGACCGCAUCCGCAAGCAGAUUGCGAUAUCGAACCCAUUCCAGUUCGAGCACAUCUCGAAUCUCAAGAGCAUGGAAGACUUUGAUGACUCUGGUCCUUCGGUCGUAAUGGCGAGUCCUGGUAUGCUGCAAAGCGGUGUCUCGCGACAGCUCUUUGAGCGUUGGUGCUCGGAUAAGCGUAACGCCUGUUUGAUACCUGGGUACGUGGUCGAGGGAACACUCGCAAAGAAGAUUCUCUCGGAGCCGACGGAGAUUGCUGCGUUAGACGGACGUAUCAUUCCGAUGAACUGCACCGUGGAGUACAUUUCGUUCUCGGCUCACGCAGACUUUGUGGGCACAAGUGGCUUUGUGGAGAAGCUCACGCCACCCAAUAUUGUGCUCGUGCAUGGUGAGAAGAAUGAGAUGAUGCGUCUUAAGUCGGCAUUAAACAAGAAGUUCAACGAUCCUAAGAUUUACCACCCAAGUAUAUUCACGCCAGCUAAUAUGCAGGAGAUCGUGCUCGAGUUCAAAGGCGAGAAAAUUGCCAAAGCAAUUGGAGACUUGGCAAGCGAUCAGCCGAAGAAUGGCAAGGUGAUUUCUGGUCUUUUGGUGGAGGUCGAUUCGCAGACGCACUUGAUGGACAAAGCAGAUCUCUCGACGUACACAAAGCUCAUUUCUGGCAGCAUCACGCAAAAGCAGCACGUACCGUUUGAGUAUAACUCAUUCGGUGUGCUGAUCACUUUUAUUCGUCAGAUGUAUGAAGACGUUGCGCAUUUGGAGGAAGAAAACCGGGUCGUGGUGUGCAAGCAAGUAGUCGUGACACGAUGUGCUGGUACCAAAAGUGCCACCGAGAAGCUUGUUGUUGAAUGGACGUCUGCGCCGACUGCCGACAUGAUUGCAGACUCAGUGAUUGCACUCGCUAUGCAUGCACAGGCAAGCCCGGCAAGUUUCAAGCUGAGCGGCCAGCCUACCGCUGCAUGCCCACACGAUCACUCGAAGAAGAGCGACAGUUGUGGCGACGCUGUAAAUGGUAUGGAUGGUGGUUUGAAAGUCGAACAAGACGGCAGCUCAGUCAUGGAAAGCACGGGCACUACUGACGAGUCUGCGCUAGAGUUGCCGGUUGCUAUGGACGAAUCUGCGUCAGCGCCGUCGUCCGAAAAGGACGACACCAAGCCAGAGCUGUCGGCUGAGAAGGACGACACGAAGCCAGAGCUGCUGGCUGAGAAGGACGACACGAAGCCAGAGCUGCUGGCCGAAAAGGACGACACGAAGCCGGACAUGUCGGCCGAAAUGGAUGGUACAAGGCCUCAGCUGCCGGCCGAAAAGGAGCAAACGAAGCUGGAAGAGGAGCAAACGAAACCAGAGCUGGAACAAGCUGCGCGGGAGUUAGGUGAGGCGGACCAAGAUGCGUUGAACUUGAUCAUCUUGUUCCGGCUCCUGAAGGACCAAUACGGCGAUGUUGACUUGGAUUUCGAAACCAACAAGAUCCACGUGCGAACCCCGAGCGGCCUUGACGCCGUGGUCGACCACGCCUCACAGAACGUCGAGUGCAAGGAUGCUGCGUUCAAGCUAAAGCUGGAAUUGACGGUCCACCGCAUUGAAAGUGCUCUCAAGCCCAUUGCAACGUCGUGA